AUGGUUGCGAUUUUCAAUGAAAUCAUCAAAUCCAAUACCAGCCCUAACGAAAAUGAUAUAUUUGAAGUUUUAAGGACAUUCCUAAACAACAUAAUUAAAGAAAUUGAUGAACUUGGUACUAUAAUAAAAAACAAUGAUGGUGUUAGUAUCAGUGUCAAGAAUCAAAAAAUGUUGCGUACCUGUUACCAAAUAAUUACCUCAUUUGGUAUUUCAACAUCUUUAUUGCCGGGCUUAGGAAUCAGCCUGUCCAAGAGAUGUUCCACUGCAAAGUCACUGCCUACACUAUCACUUAAAGAUACAGAGAAAUAUGAACUAUUAGUUUUAUGUACUGAUUUCUUGUCAAGAAGUUAUGAAGUGCCAGUACUUAAAAAUAUUAUUUUAACUUUUCAUUUGUCCGACUAUUUGGCGGCACUUAUACAAUUAGCGUUUGCCCCUUUGAAGAAACCUGGAAAAUAUACAAAUUUUACUAUGACUGAAGAGCUGUACAACAAGUUAUUGUUUGAUAAGCAGAAAUAUAUGAAGAUGUAUGAGUAUUUAGUGAAUAAUUGUUUCCAGCCAAUGUUAAUGAAGGAACUAUUAGUAUUACAGAAUAUAACAGAGCAUCCACCGCCAAUGUUUGUUAAGAAAGUUAUUUCAAAGGAAAUGAGUAGGCGUCUUACGACUUGGGGUGGGUUACUAAGCUUAAUUCGAUGUUUCAUUGAAAGCCACGAGGUAGAUGUAGGUGUUGAAUGGAAGAAAAUAGAAAUGAUCUGUAAAAUUGUUACUUGUAGACAUUUGAAUUUAAGCGAAGAUGAUUAUUUGAGUAACAUUGUCUCACAGUUACGGCAUAUAUACACUAUGAAUAAUAAACAUUACUUGAUAACGGCAUCUUCAUGUUCAUUAAGCUUGUAUUCCACAUACAAUAAAUCCACACCAGUGAUUAAUUUGGUUAAAGAAGUCUUUGGUAGUUUUGAUCAUGAAAUUUUAUUGGCCGAUGCUUUGCCGGGAACUAUUAUAUUGGUAUCACAACAAGUUCAACACAACAUACAAAUUCUUCAUGCAUGUACAGCUAUAACACAAUAUGAGUUACCGAAACAUAUUAUUUCCAAGAACUUGUAUGUGCUAUAUCUAUUACGUCUUAACUGUACAAACACUGAAAUUAAGCACAAAUUAAACGACAUUAUACUAAAAAUUCUGGAGUUAUUAAAUAAAACUGAUAUAAAAGCUGUAAUCGAACAAAUUCUUUUUGGACUGAACAAUCAUGAUUCUCAUAAAGUUAUGGCUAAAGAAUAUAACUCUGGUCUUUCAGUGAAAUGUGUAACGGCAGACUUUGAAUAUCCAAUUGACGAAGCAGUUAUAUAUUUUAUAGAAAUAUUUAACUUAAUAACAAACAAAAAUGUUGUUUGUAACAUAUUUGAAGCCUGUUUAUUAAUAUUUAUUGAAUUGAAUCAAGAAAAAGACAAAUGUAAUAAAGAGACUUUUCUUUUGGUUGAAGAUGAGCCUGAAUUACUUAACUUGGAGAGCAAAAAGUAUGCUCAUAUGCUUCAUAUCCUAUCUGAAAUAUCAGGAUCCAAAAAAGUUAUAGAUGCUUUGAAAGACAAUCCACUUAUUGUACUAGAUUUCGUUGAAUCAUUGUUACUAAAGAAUAUAAACCCAAUAAAUGAUGAAUGUUGUACAAUCGCUCUUGUGCUUCUUAAUACUAUUGUAGCCAAUAUUGAGAAAACGGAGGAUAUAAAAUUAAGACUUAGUUGUCUGAUGCCAAGGCUAAAACAGUUGUCAGAGGAAGAUUCAUCGUAUGUAAAUGUUUUAUCCAAGGAAACAUUAUCUUUGAUCGAAAUGGAAUGUCCAAAAGCUGAUAAAAGUGGUUAUGAAAAAGCUGUGUCCAAUAUUUAUGACAAAUUACUGCCAGUGAGAGUUCACGGGGUCAUUGAACUCACUAAACUAAUUGAUAAAUCAGAUGUGGAGACCAUUUCUAAGAGACAUUUCGUAUUUUGUCUGUUCCAGGAACAACUCAAACAUCCCGACUCCUAUAUGUAUUUAGCGUCAGUGAACGGUAUAGCCUCGCUAGCUAUGCACUGCACCAGUGAAGCGUUGUCUACACUUUGUAAAGAAUAUUUAGAAAUUUCUUCCGAUAUCAGAAAUAAGGAAAGCGAAAACCAAAGCGCAGAACUGAGAAUGAAAAUAGGAGAUGUAAUAGUUAAAGUUACGAGGAGAUUAGGUGAAAUGGCGGUAGUUCAUAAAACCAUUUUACUGAACACGAUGCUCUGUGCCUGCAAGGAUGAUGACCCGCUGAUAAGAACCUCGGCUUUAUCGAAUUUAGCUGAAAUAGCAUUGGUUUUGAAUUACAAAAUCGGUUCUAUUUUAUACGAAAUAUUGCUAUGUAUUUGGGAUGUUAUAAAUGGGGACCCAGCUUUGGAAUGUCGAAGAGCGGCUGUGAUGGUACUGGCGAAUCUAAUUAAGGGUCUUGGCAAAGAUACUUUAGUAGAACUAAAUGAUACUUUACUACCCAUAUAUAAAACACUACUCAAACUCUACAAAGAUAAUGAAGAAGACUCAUUAGUCAGACUUCACUCCCAAAUCGCUCUUGAAGAACUAAAUGACAUCGUCAAAGAAUUCCUUACACAACGUCUUCCAUACGAAAAAGAAAUUACAUUAACUACUACCCCCAAUAACAUAAGUUUCAAAUAA